UCGAUCAUUCUAAGAUUGCUGUUGCCACUACAGUACGCCGGAAAAUUCGAAUUUUUAUAGUUUGCAGGAUUUAUUAAUGAAAUCAUGCCUCGUGUUGUGCCGGAUCAAAGAAACAAGUUCGAAAAUGACGAGUUGUUUAGAAAAUUGUCGAGGGAAUCCGAGGUGAAGUAUACGAUGUAUCGAGACAGGCCUCAAUCGGAGCGCAUACAGCAUUUUCAAAACGACUGCAGAGAAGGCAAGAUUAGUGCAUCCUUUGUCGCCACUGGUACGAACAUCUGCUUGUUUUUCCCGAAGCCAGAUAAUCUUUUAUCAACACCAUUCAUAAACUUCGAGCAGGAACCAGGCAAGGUUCACGUUCGAAGUUCAUUUAUCAUGAAUGGAGUGUGCGUACUCUUCGAAGGUUGGUUUGACCUUCACAGGCUUGACGGAAUCGGCAGCCUGAAAUUCGACGAAGCCAACGCGCACGUCGAGGACAAGUUGAUGAGGGAGACGUUGGCACGCGCCAGAAUCAAACUCAUCGAAUUCGAAGAGCAACAAAGAGCGUGGAGGGACGACAAUAAAACAGAUGCGUUAUUUUCCAUUCUGUCAGCACUACUCGGCCAGCCACGACAGGCGUGACGGAGUUUCGAGCAAAUAAAUGACGAUGCUCCACGACGACAUAGCGAAGACUAAUAACACUUAGCAGUAAGAUGAAAACGUCCCAGCUUCAUGAUUGCCACAGUAUCAUUUAGAGAUCCCAUGAUGCCAUGGGAUUGAAGGAAUAGUAAAAAAUUGCAAGCACUGAGCAAAGCAUCAUGGAUCAGUAAAAAUCAGUCGCAGCCGAAAAAUCAACAACGCUAUUGUAUAUUACACGAUGUAUUGCAGCCUGAUUGGACUGAACAGCCUUGAUUCAAAAACUAAAAUGGAUGUAAUGUCUGUGUGUGUGUUGAGUUAAGUUUUAAAAAUCUAAUAAUUAUCGUUGAAUAUUUUUUAUUCAAAUUGUAAUGUAUAGUAAAUUAUUUAGUGUUUAUUACAUAUGUUUAUAAGACAAUGAUGACUGAGAGUUGAAUAAAUUACUCUACAUGCCACUGCAUCGGUAAGAGAGAGGAAACUUUA